AUGGCGGUGUCGCGGGCGGAGAUGGAGGGCCUAUUGAAGGAGCAGCUGGUGGAGGAGGUGCUGAGGCUGUCCGCCCUGGUGGAAGAGCGCGAGAGGCACCAGAAGCAGGAAGUGGAUUUCCAGCGGGAUCUACUCAAGUCAGUGGGACAAUCUAUCAUAGUCACGGAUCUAGAGGGCCACAUCACUUAUUGGAACCGCGCAGCAACGGAGAUAUACGGGUGGGAGCCGGAGGAGGUGCUGGGGCGGCUGGUGUUCGAGGUGCUGGCGCUGCCCGCGGAGGACAUGAGCGAGUGCGGCGUGCAGAUCUUUGCCGCGCUCUCCCACGGCGACAAGUGGUCGGGCGAGUGGUCUGUGCGCACCAAGGCCGGCAACAUCAUUGAAAUCAUGGUCAUGCCGUGGUGCCAUGUGUUCGCCCUCCCUCGCCCUCCCUCGUCCUCCCUCUCCCUCGCCUCUCUCUCACCUUUCCCUCCUGCUUCCCUCCCCUCCCUCCCCUCUCCGUCCCCUCUCCCUCCCUUCUCCCUCCCCUCUCCCUCCCCUCUCUCUCCCCUCUCCCUUCCCUCUCCCUCUCCUCUCCCUUCCGUCUCCCUCUCCUCUUACCUCCCGCGCCUUGCACUCCCCUCCCCCUCGCUCUCCUCCCCCCCUCUCGCCCCUCCGCAGGUGGUGGACACGCCAGUGAUGGACGAGGCGAACCAGCUGGUGGGGGUGAUCGGCGUGAGCACGGAUAUCAGCGAGCUCAAGCGCAAGGAGGCCGAGAUCCUGCGCCUGAACGCGGAGCUGGAGCAGCGCGUGGCGGAGCGCACGCAGCAGCUGCAAGAGAGCAACCGCCUGCUGCAGGAGGAGGUGCAGGAGCACCUGCGCGCACGCGAGCACCUGCACCGCGUCGCACGGGACAUGGAGGCGUCGCGGUCCAAGAUACUGGAGCAGGCGAACCGGCUGGAGAAGCUCGUGGUGGACCUCCGAGCCGCCCGCCUCGAGGCCGAGUCCGCCAGCCGCCUCAAGAGCCACUUUCUUUCCGCCCACACCCCCCUCACCAUCCUUAUCACCCUGCAUGACUCCCUCUACUCCACCUUCCUCCACCCUCUCAUCCCCUCCUCCGCCCCACUCAACCCCUCUUUCCCCCUCCUCUCCCCACCACUCCACCCUCUCCCUUCCUCACUUACCCCCCCCACCCCGUCCGCUUCCACACCGCCUCCUCCCUCACUCCCUCCCUCCUCUCCCCCCCUCCCCUCCCACCAGGCGUGCAUGAGCCAUGAAAUCCGCACACCCAUGAACGCGGUCAUCGGUAUGACGAACCUCAUCCUCUCAACGCCACUCACGGACGAGCAGCAGCAGUACGUGCACACCAUCCGCACGAGCGGCGACGCGCUGCUGGCAAUCAUCGACGACAUCCUCGACUUCAGCAAGAUCGAGGCGGGGGAACUCGCGCUCGAGCGCUGCCCCUUCUCCCUCAUGAUGUGCCUCGAAGAGGCCGAGGCCGUUGACAUGUUCGCUGUGAGUCGCAUGCCAUCUUGUGCCCUCCUAUGCCCUCCUGCCCCCUCCUGUGCCCUCCUGCCCCCUCCUGCGCCCGCAUGCCCCCAUUCCCUCAUGCGCUCAUGCCCGCCCACCUUCCCCCCCACCUUUCCCCCCCACCUCACCUUCCCCCUCACCUUCCACCUCUCCCCCCGUCCGCCUUUCGCUUCCCCCCCUUGGCAGCUGAAGGCGCUGGACAAGCGGCUGGAGCUGGUGUCGUUUGCAGACCCCUCCGUGCCUCCCAUCGCCCAGACCGACCCCGCUCGCGUCCGACAGGUGUGCUGCACUGUGAAGCUUUCACCCUACCUCUACACCUCCUCCUCUCUCCUCUCAGACUCAGCCCUCCCAAGCCACGAGCUACACGUAACAGUCACAGACACAGGCAUCGGUAUCCCUCCUGAUCGCAUGUCUCGCCUCUUCCGACCGUUCAGUCAGGGGGAUGCAAGCACUACGCGCAGGUUUGGGGGCACGGGGCUGGGCCUGGUGAUUUCGAAGGAGCUGGCGGAGCUGCUGGGAGGGCGCAUGUGGGUAGAGAGUGCAGGGGAGGAUAGAGGGUCCACGUUCCAUUUCACUAUUGCCCUCUAUCCCCCGCCGCCCACAGAGCCUGUAUUAGCAACGCCUGCCCCCGUUGCUGCUGCUGCUCCUACUCCAGCUCCUGCUCCUGCUGCUGCUCCUCCCCCUCCUCCUCCUGCUGCUGCUGCUGCUGCUACUCCUGCUCCAUGUAGUGCUACAGCUACAGCUACUGUCACAGCCCUCCCGUUGUCUGCCUCACAGCCAUCCCUACCAUCCCAUCUUCUUCCUCCUUCACCCACACCUGCCACAGCAGCUAUAGCCCCAAGCUCUGCUGCCAUGAGCAGUGGUAUCACCACCACCAUCGCCACGACCACCACCAGCACUUCCGCUCCUGCUGCUGCUGUUCCUCCAGGUGUCACGCUGGCAGGAGGCAGCACUGGUGCGGUUGCGGCUGCUGGUGCAGCUGGGGCGGACAGACGAGGUGUAGGGGGGGCUUGGGGAGGGCGAGGUCUGGGAGGGGACAGAGGAUUGAGAGGAGUAGGUUCAGCAGCAGGAGCUGCAGCAACGGCGGCAGCAGCAGGGGCGGUGGCGGAGAUAGGGUCACAUGCGAGGGUGGAAGCAGAGUGGGAGCAGCGGCAGAAGCUGCGGUCGUCCCUGUACCGGCAGCGGUUGAUGGAGAGUGCUGUGCUGGUUCCUGGCGCUGCAGCACAGGGCAGCGCUGCGGAUGGCGGGGUGGGGAACUGGGAGGUGGAGGAGGGUGCGAUUGCAGGGAUGAAUGCAGGGGUGGGGCGAGCACGAGAUGUGGGGAUAAGUACAGGGGUAAGGGAAGGAGUGGGGGCAGGGGCAGCGGAAGGGGCAGGGACAAGGGAAGGGGUGGGGGCAGGGGCAAGAGAGAGCGAGCAGGGUGGGGUUGUUGAUGGCAAGGCAGGGGAGGUGGUGGGGGGAGAGAGGCGGGGUAGCAAGAGGCCUAGGGAGGUCAGUGAAGAAGGCGGGAGGGGAGAGGAUGAUGGAGGGGCAACGCGAAGGCCAGUGGGGGAGAGUGAAAGGGUAGUGGGGGGAGUGGUGGGGAGAGAAUCCGGCCACCCCACAGACGCCUGCACACACGCCCUCACAGACACACCACCAACCUCCCCUGCGCUUUCCCCUCGGGAUUCCCUCCGCGGGGAGCACGUGAUGGACCCUGCAGUCAACCCCGCCGCCGUCGUGACUCUUCGCCCUAUCCGUGCAGUGCAGGGCCGCACAGCCCUGGUAGUGGAUGAUAGUGCGGCAGUGCGUGCCAUGGUAUCAGCGCACCUGCAGGCGCUGGGGUUUGCAACGAGGGAGCUGACGAGUGGGGAGCAGCUGCUGGAGGAGGUUGCUGCCUGCGAUGUCACCCGCGCACCCAGCCUCUUGGUCAUUGAUACUGAGAUGCCGGGAAUGGACGGGCUGACAGCGGUGAACCAGCUCAGCGCCUUGCCACAGGCAGAAGGGCUGCGCGUGCUGCUGCUCUGCCCCUACGGCACCGCCAACCAGGUGCGCGUGACGGCCCCCAGCAUCAGCAUGGCAGCACUAACCAAGCCCCUGCGCCAGUCCCUCUUCACCCGUGCUCUGCUCCUCGCCUUCCCUCCCCUCGCUACGCCUCCAUCUCCAUCUCCCCUCACUCACCCGCACCAACCGGCAGCUGCUUCCCCAACCACCACUCCUACCACCACUGCUCCUGCUCCUGCUCCUGCUGCGGCUGCAGCGUUCAACCACAGCAGAUCCAGCCAUCACAGUGCCAUGCCCCAGCCUUCCUCCGUGCCUCCUGCUUCUGCUUCCUCUGCUGUUCUGACAGCGGUUGCGAGUAGAACUGGCGGCGGCAAAGGUGGUGGUGGUGGUAAUGCCACACUCACCUCCUGUGGAGGUGACAGGUCGGAUGGCAGGACUGUCGCGGAUGCUGCUGCUGCUGCUGCUGCUGCUGCUGCUGCUGGUGCUGGUGGUGGUAGUGGCAGCAACGUGAGCAGCAUUGGUGUUCGAGUGGCAACGCGCAUGCUGAGCAACAUGGGGUACACGGUGGACCUGGCGGCCAAUGGGCUGGAGGCCGUCAAUGCCAUAGCCACCAAGACAUACGACCUCGUCUUCAUGGACAUUCAGAUGCCAGUGAUGGAUGGCAUAGAGGCAACACAGCGCAUCCACCUGCUAGCGCAGCAGGAGGGGCGAGUGCGGCCGCGCAUAGUGGCAAUGACAGCCAAUGUGUUGCACUCGGACCGGCAGCAGUGCCUCAAUGCAGGCAUGGAUGGGUUUCUCUCCAAGCCCAUCCGCGUUGCUGACCUCGUGGCUGUUGGCCUCAACAUCUCUCCCAGACCCGGCGUCGCGUCUCUCCGCUUCUGCAGCGAUGGUCGGAUUGUCGAGGCAUCGGACGACUCAGAUUCCACUCCCGCUAUCAUGAUUCGCACGAUAAUAAUCGGCAAGGCAGCGCUUGGCGCGGGCGCGGGCGCGUUGGUUUCUACAACGACCCUCCCAGUGGCGAUGAUGAACGGCGGCUUCUACAAGCGUUACGACGUGCGCGAAGUGCUGGGCGUGGGCGGGUACGGGGUGGUGCGCCGGUGCUGGGACAGGAAGUCGCGCACGGAGUUCGCGUGCAAGAGCAUCGCCAAGAGCAAGGCGCUGCGGUGCAGCAGCGGGUGGCUGGGGCGGAGCCGCUGCGCGCUGCGGCGGCAGGCGGAAGGCGCGAGCGGCGUGUGGAAAUGGCACACGGAAGUGGCGGCUCUGCUGCGACUGAGAGGUCAUCCGAACAUCGUGCAGCUGUACGGGGUGUGCGACGACGCGUACUCCUUGCACUUGCUCCUCGAGCUCUGCUCCGGCGGUGAGCUUCACGCCGCGCUUCACCGACACGCGUUGGAGGACUCUGUUGCCUCCACUAGUGGAGUGGACGUCACUCGGAAGGCUCGCGCGGGCCGCAAGCACAUGAUGAUAUUUCCUGACGCCAUCAGUUUAAGUGAUGAGUUCGAGGACGUGAUCGAGGAAGAGGAGGAUAUGGAGAACUUUAAAGCUCUGCCUGAGGCUGUUGCUCUUGGUAUCUUCUGGCAGCUGGUGUCAGCCGUGCAUUCGUGCCAUGCAUGCGGCAUCGUGCACUGCGACAUCAAAUUAGAGAAUAUCCUUCUGUCACAACCUGCUGCAUCAAGUGCUUCCGGAGGAUGCAUGAAAGGCCUGCGCCUAGACGAGCAGAUCCCCUUGGUGAAGCUCUGUGACUUUGGCUCUGCGCUCUGCCUCGACCAGGCCCAGCCUGGCAGCAUUCUGACAAGCUUUAGGAAGGCGGAUUGUUAUAGAGAGGCAACGAGCUUGCACAGCAUGUACUUCCAAGCCCCGGAGGAGGAGCUAUGGGCGAAGCAGGCUGAGCAGGAAGAGGAGGAAGCUGCUCAAGCGUCAAAGUCAACAACAGCUGGUGGUGCAGCCCCUCCGUCAUCAUCACCAGCAGCAGCAGCAGCAGCAGCAUCAGCACAAGGAGCAGGCGGUAGAAGCGGAAACAAACGAGCUCGUCAGCACCUGCAGUACGCAGUGAAUGCAUGUGUGCGCAUGAACACGCUGGGAUCCGCGUUUGCUUGCGGAGAGGCGUCCCCAGGCAUAGGGGCUCUACGAGUGAGGCACGAAGGGCAGCUGCUGACAGUGACAGGCACGGUUGUGCGCACAGGGACCGUACAGAUGCUGGAAGGGCUGCGUGCAUUCACCUGCACCACAUGCAAGAGAACAUUUACAUGCUCGCCAGAACCAGAGGAGGGCUACGCAGUGGAGGUGCCAUCUGCCUGUCCGUAUGUUGACAGCAAGCGGCGCAAGCGGUGCAAGGGGCGCGUGUUUGUGCCAGCUGACAGUCAGCGCAGCAACAACAACAGCAGCGGCGUAGCUGGUGCGGGGCGUGGCGCAUGCAUGGACUUCCAGGAGGUGAAGCUGCAGGAGCACGUGCACGACCUGCCUGCAGGGCGCCUGCCCCGCUCCGUGCGGGUCGUGCUGUCCAAAGACCUCGUUGACACUGUGCUGCCUGGUGAGGAUGUGGUGGUGGUGGGUGUGAUGGCUUGUCGUUGGCGCUCUGUUGCUCCUGGCGCCCGUUGCCUGCUUGAGCCCAUCCUGUGCGCCAACAACCUCUGCAGGAGCAAUGCUCAGGAGUUGGAGGAGCAGGGAGAGGAGGAGGAGGGGGAAUUUGAGGAUUUCUGGUGUGCCCAUGCCAGCAAUCCCCUUGCAGGCAGAGACAUCAUCCUGCGUAGUAUCUGCCCCCAGGUGUACGGUCUUGCUGCUGUCAAGCUUGCAGUGGCGCUGAUGCUGAUAGGGGGAGUGCCGCACAUGGACCCCUCAGGCACCCGUGUGCGUGGGGAAAUGCACCUGCUGCUCGUUGGGGACCCAGGCACGGGCAAGUCCCAGUUUCUCAAGUACGCAUCGAGGCUGUGCCAUCGUGCUGUGCUCACCACUGGGCUAGGAAGCAGCUCUGCAGGCCUCACUGUCACUGCUGUCAAGGACGCAGGUCAGUGGAUGCUGGAGCCAGGCGCUCUUGUGCUGGCAGAUGGGGGGCUCUGCUGCAUCGAUGAAUUCAGCAGCAUUCAGAAGGAUGACCAAGCAGCGGUGCAUGAAGCCAUGGAGCAGCAGACAAUAAGCAUUGCUAAGGCUGGCAUAGUCACCACUCUACCUUCCCGUUGCAGUGUGUUCGCAGUCACAAAUCCCAAGGCCGCAUAUGACGCUGACACCUCGCUGGUGGUGAACACAGGGAUUGCCAGCCCCCUGCUGAGCCGCUUUGACCUCGUGUUACUGCUGCCCGACACCUCUGAGGCCUCGUGGAAUGAGCGCGUGGCUCAACACAUCCUUGCUGAGCACACUGUCGUCUCCUUGACUCCACCCACCGACCUCUGGUCAAUUCAAAAGCUUCGCAACUACAUCCGGCGUGUGCGGCAGUCGUUCUCCCCCAUGGUAUCAGAGGAGGCACAGGCUGUCAUCAGUGCCUACUAUCGCCAGCAGCGGCGGGACGCAGAGGACAACGCAGCGCGAACAACCCUCCGCAUGCUCGAAAGUUGCAUACGCAUAGCACAAGCGCAUGCAAGGCUCAUGUACCGCACGACAGUGCUGCGCCAGGAUGCAGUGGUGGCAGUCACAGCCAUGGAUGCUUCCAUGUCCACCUCACGCCUCUUCCCCUCCCAUGCCCCCACCAACGCUGCCUUCCCUGACGACCCUGCUGCUGCCUACUGUGACAUGGAAGCAAUAGUGCUGCAGCAGCUAGGCCUCUCAAACAUAGACUCUGACACGCCCACUCAGCCCCCCUUCUCGUCCACCCCUUCACCUGGAGUUCCCCCCAACACUCCCCUCACCGCCAACCAACACCACCCCAACGCUUACUCCAUUCCGCGUGCGACGGCACGGGUGGGGUUCACAUCAGGCCAAAGGCGCAAGGCCUCAGAAGCAGCAGCAGCAGCAGCAGCAGCAGCAGCAACACCCCCAGCAGCAGCAGCAGAGCCAGGGAUCCAGGCAGGAGCACGUAGGCACAGUGUGGGUGGGCCCAGGUUACAGCAGUGCUCGAGAGGGAGAGCCAAGUGGUCAGCACGGCGAGAGCAGGGUGAGGAUGAGGGAGGCUUGUAG